AUGUCAAAAGCCGGUAUCAAACUCGACCCCAAUGACGAACCCGAACGAAGUAUCGAGGAGGGCGAAGCCCAGUUUCAUCGCCUCGGGUGGAAACGACUGGCCCUCAUUUUGAUCGUUGAAGCCAUCGCACUUGGCAGUCUGAGCCUUCCGUCUGCCUUUGCCAUCUUGGGAAUGGUCCCCGGCGUGUUGAUGUGCGUCUUCCUGGGUCUUGCAGCCAUGCAGGGCAGCUACACCAUUGGUGAAGUGAAGCUCAAGUUCCCCCACGCAAAGCAUUAUGUCGAGAUAGGCCGGCUCAUGAUGGGGAACUUCGGCUAUCACCUCUUCAGCAUUGCCUUUGUCAUCCAACUGAUCCUGGUGGUUGGCUCGCACUGCUUGACUGGGAAGAUUGCAUUCACAACUAUUACAGAGAGUAAUAUUUGCUCUCUAGUCUUUGGUGUUGUGUCUAUGGUCAUUCUGCUACUGCUGGCUAUCCCUCCAUCCUUCUCUGAGAUUGCGAUCCUAGGAUAUAUAGACUUUGCUUCUAUUAUCAUUGCUAUUGGAGUAACCAUGAUUGCAACAGGCAUCCAAUCAUCCAACCAACCUGGCGGUCUAUCUGCAGUCCCUUGGUCUGCAUGGCCAAAGGCGGAUCUCUCAUUCCAAGAGGCAUUCUCAGCUGUUACAAAUAUUGUUUUUGCAUAUGCCUUUGCUAUUGCCCAGCCGUCCUUUAUGGAUGAACUCCACACGCCAUCAGACUUCAAAAAGUCAAUCCAGACUAUUGCUGUUGUUGAGAUUGCCAUCUACACAUUGACAGGCGCAAUCAUCUAUGCAUUUGUCGGCCAGGAUGUUAAGUCACCCGCACUGCUGUCUGCAGGCCCGCUUCUCACGAGAGUUGUGUUCGGCAUCGCGUUUCCUGUCAUUUUUAUUUCAGGCUCGAUCAACACUACGGUUGUCUGCCGGUAUAUUCACGGGCAGAUGUACCAGCACUCUGCGGCUCGAUACGUCAAUACCAAGAAGGGCUGGGCUACUUGGCUUACACUUGUUGGCCUGGUUUCUGUCUUUGCAUGGGUUGUGUCGGAGGCGAUUCCCAUCUUCUCCGACCUAUUAUCUAUCAUCUCUGCUCUAUUCGUUUCCGGGUUUUCUUAUUACAUUCCACCUAUUAUGUGGUUUGUGCUUCUCAAGGAGGGCAAAUGGUAUGAGAGAAAGAACCUCAUAGCCAGCAUCAGCAAUGGCAUCGUGUUCCUCAUCGGGAUCGUUGUUUUCUCAUGCGGAAGUUAUGCUAGUAUAGCGGGAUUGGUUACCAAAUUUCGCGACGGCGCCGUUGGUAUGCCAUUCACGUGUGCUGCCCAUUAG